AUGUCGCUGUGCAUGACCUCACAUCUCUGCCUGCUGGCCCUACCAGUGAUCUCACUGCUGCUGCUCUCCUCUUCUACUGGUUGGAGCAAUGAUGUCCUCACUCCAGGGUGUCACCUUUACCCUUUCAACGUGACCAUUCGCAGUGACCGUCGUGGCACAUGCAAAGGCACCCAUCUGGUCUAUGCCUGCGUGGGCUACUGCGAGUCCAGCGCCUUCCCAUCCAGAUACUCAGUACUGGCGGCCUCCAACUUCACCCACAACAUCACUUCCGCUUCAAGAUGCUGCACCAUUAGCAAGGAUGCUAAGGUCAAAGUUCGCCUGGACUGCCCACAGGGUCGUCACCAUGAUGAAAUAGAGAUCCUGACAGCGAAGGCGUGUCGCUGUGACAUGUGCCGCAAAUCACGCUACUGA